ACCAUCGAGCAGGAGGAUUCCAGACGGUUCUGGAAGCUUGUGUCAGGAGGAUUUCUCGAAUGGUCAUAGAGGGUAUAAAAACCGCACCGUUACACCAGUUUCCAUAGAAGCAUUAGCAGUCAACGAGUCAGCGAGUAAGGAGCGAUCUCUACACAUCUUCCUCAGGAGUUUUGGGCACACUGCAAACCAAGAUGCCUGAAAUGCACGACCAACCAAUGGAGGAGGAGGCAGAGACCUUCGCAUUCCAGGCUGAGAUUGCUCAGCUUAUGUCCCUGAUCAUCAACACUUUUUAUUCCAACAAAGAGAUCUUCCUUAGGGAACUUAUUUCCAACUCCUCAGAUGCACUGGACAAAAUCCGCUAUGAGAGUCUCACUGAUCCUUCCAAGCUGGAAACUGGCAAAGACCUCAAAAUUGAGAUCAUUCCCAACAAAGAGGAGCGUACUCUAACCCUAGUUGACACAGGUAUUGGCAUGACCAAAGCUGACCUGAUCAACAACCUGGGCACAAUUGCAAAGUCCGGCACCAAAGCAUUUAUGGAGGCUCUGCAGGCUGGAGCUGACAUUUCCAUGAUCGGUCAGUUUGGUGUGGGUUUCUACUCUGCCUACCUGGUAGCCGAGAAGGUGACAGUCGUUACCAAGCACAACGAUGACGAGCAGUACGCCUGGGAAUCAUCUGCUGGUGGCUCAUUCACAGUUAAAGUAGACAACUCUGAGCCACUGGGACGUGGAACUAAAGUGAUCCUGCACCUCAAAGAAGACCAGACAGAAUACCUUGAAGAGCGAAGGGUCAAAGAGAUUGUUAAGAAGCACUCACAGUUCAUUGGCUACCCUAUUACGCUAUUUGUGGAGAAAGAGAGGGACAAGGAGGUGAGUGACGACGAGGCAGAGGAGGAAAAAGAGAAGGAGGAGAAGGAGAAAGAUGAGGAGAAGGAUGAGGACAAACCUGAGAUUGAGGAUGUUGGAUCAGAUGAAGAACAGGACCAUGAGAAGUCAGACAAAAAGAAGAAGAAGAAGAAGAUCAAGGAAAAGUACAUUGACCAGGAAGAAUUGAACAAGACCAAACCCCUGUGGACCCGGAACCCAGAUGACAUCACGAAUGAGGAAUAUGGAGAGUUCUACAAGAGUCUCACCAAUGACUGGGAGGACCACUUGGCUGUCAAGCACUUCUCAGUAGAGGGUCAGCUUGAAUUCCGUGCCCUGCUCUUCGUGCCUCGGCGUGCUCCUUUCGACCUCUUUGAGAACAAGAAGAAGAAGAACAAUAUCAAGCUGUACGUGCGCAGAGUCUUCAUCAUGGACAACUGCGAGGAGCUCAUCCCAGAGUAUCUCAAUUUCAUCAAGGGUGUGGUGGACUCUGAGGACCUGCCACUAAACAUCUCCAGAGAGAUGCUGCAGCAGAGCAAGAUCCUGAAGGUCAUCCGCAAGAACCUGGUCAAGAAGUGCCUGGAGCUUUUCACAGAGCUGGCUGAGGACAAGGACAACUACAAGAAGUUCUACGAGCAGUUCUCCAAGAACAUCAAGCUUGGCAUCCAUGAGGACUCCCAGAACAGGAAGAAGCUGUCUGAGCUGCUGCGGUACUACACAUCAGCCUCUGGAGAUGAGAUGGUGUCCCUGAAGGACUAUGUCACACGUAUGAAGGACAACCAGAAACACAUCUACUACAUCACUGGUGAGACCAAAGAUCAGGUUGCCAACUCUGCCUUUGUGGAGCGCCUUCGCAAAGCUGGCCUGGAGGUCAUCUACAUGAUUGAGCCCAUUGAUGAGUACUGUGUCCAGCAGCUGAAGGAGUUUGAGGGCAAGAACUUGGUUUCAGUAACCAAGGAAGGCCUGGAGCUGCCUGAGGAUGAGGAGGAGAAGAAGAAGCAGGAGGAGAAGAAAUCUCAGUUUGAGAACCUAUGCAAAAUCAUGAAGGAUAUCUUGGAGAAGAAGGUUGAAAAGGUCACAGUCUCCAACCGCCUAGUUUCUUCCCCUUGCUGCAUUGUCACCAGCACAUAUGGAUGGACGGCCAACAUGGAGAGGAUCAUGAAGGCUCAGGCGCUGAGGGAUAACUCCACCAUGGGAUACAUGGCAGCAAAGAAGCACUUAGAGAUCAAUCCUGACCACCCAAUCAUGGAGACCUUGAGGCAGAAGGCAGAGGCCGAUAAAAAUGACAAGUCUGUGAAGGAUCUGGUCAUCCUCCUGUUCGAGACCGCCCUGCUCUCCUCAGGAUUCACCCUGGAUGACCCACAGACCCACUCCAACCGCAUCUACAGAAUGAUCAAACUAGGUCUUGGUAUUGAUGAAGAUGAUGUGACAUCUGACGAUAACACCUCUGCACCCACUGAGGACAUGCCCCCUCUUGAAGGGGAAGAUGAUGACACAUCUAGGAUGGAAGAGGUGGACUAAUCAGCUUCCAUUUCCUGUUUAGUUAAAAAAAACAAAAAAAAACUAAUGUUAUAUAAAAUUUAAUGUUAAAUGUUGUAAAUGAGCCUGGAAUGUCUGUUCCUAAACACUUUUGUUGACCAACGUAACUUUAUUUCCACUUGCGUUGACCACAUGCAGUUCAGUCAUUCCUUUAGAUCUUUAGAGUUUUCAGAUUGUCGCUUUUUUGUAUUGAGUUGUAUUGAUACAUUUGUUCUUUUUGUAUUUGACAUUCCAAAGUUUGUGUUCUUUAUUGUAAAUAUAACAAAACACCAUACUGUUAUUUUAAACGGUGCAAAAACCUUAAAUAAAGGUUUACCAUGUUAAGCUAUUAUUUGGUCAUUGUUACUGAUGAGUGAACACAAGUCUCGUGUUUUAUGUAUAAUGCUACAUUUUAAGAUUGGACAGGUGGGUUACCUGUCCACUGUGUGUGUGUGUGUAUAUAUAUUUAUAUGUAUAUAAAAAAUUAUUUUUUUUCAUGAGAAAAUCAAUGAAGCUAUUAGUGUUCACUUGUAGUCGAAGAAUUGCUUUAGACUUUGUUCUCAACAAGUAUAAAAGCUAUGUCAAAAGGGUUUCUUAUUUCAGCUCAAAUGAAGUACAGACAUUAUUUCAUAACAUUUUUUUCCCAUUGCGAUUUUUUUUUUUUUAAAAGACAUUCUUUAUCCAUAAUUUGACAGAAAUUUGUAUCUUGAUAAAUAUAAAGGGAUGAUGUAAAGUUGUAAUUUCCA